AUGCUUCUUCGCAGCUCCCUCGUUUCACUGAUCGGACUCUUUUCAACAAGGGCCCUCACGUUGCUCGACGAUGGCGACUUGCGGCACAUCCCACCUCCCGGCGACGACUUCAACAUCCUCACGGGCAAGCUCCUCGCCCCUAUCUUGAUCCCCCGCGUGCCGGGCACCGAGGGCUCCGUCACCACCCAGCGACACUUUGUCGACUUCUUUAGCAACAAUCUCCCCGAGUGGCAGCUCGUCUGGCAAAACUCGACGUCCAAGACUCCGGCCACGGGCGACACCGACGUGCCCUUCUCCAACCUCAUCUUCCGCCGUGAUCCGCCUGGCGCGCGGGUCGGUAAAUUGUCCAGAUUUACCCUCGUCGCCCACUUUGACAGCAAGCUGCAACCCACGGGCUUCAUCGGUGCCACCGACAGCGCAGCCCCCUGCGCCAUACUGCUUCACGUGGCUAGGAGCAUCGAGGACGCGCUCAAGGCCAAGUGGGCCGCCGGAGUUGCCGAUGAGUUGGAUAUUCCCGAGGGCGUCCAGAUCAUCUUGCUGGAUGGCGAGGAGGCUUUCGUCAGGUGGACAGACACCGACUCCCUCUACGGAGCAAGAUCGUUGGCCGCCGAAUGGGAGCCGCGUACCAACCCUGCCAUAUCCAUCUACCAAUCGCCGCUCGAUUCCAUCAGCCUUUUCGUACUCCUCGACCUCCUCGGCUCCAGCGGCCCUAGCGUCCCGUCGUACUUCUUGACGACACACUGGGCCUAUCGAAGCAUGUCGAUAAUAGAAGGUCGCAUGCGCGAACUCGGCCUUCUUGAAAGCAACCCGCCUACGCACUUCUUACCGGAGGUUAACAAGACGACGCAAGCCUUCUCGAACUGGAGAGCAGUUUCCGAUGAUCACCUCCCCUUUAUGCAUCGUGGCGUUAACAUUCUGCACAUCAUCCCGUCCCCGUUUCCCAAAGUCUGGCACAAAAUGGAGGAUGACGGCGAGCAUUUGGAUUUGGCGACGGUUCGAGACUGGGCUAAGAUUGUGACUGCCUUUACAGCACAGUGGAUGAAACUCGAGGGGUACAUGAACACGAACAAGACGACGGGCCGGGCAGAGGAUGAGGCGGAAAGGGGGGGAGAGAGGGGAAAGAAGCGAACUGGCAGGCGCGGCGUUUCUUGA